CGUUGCGGUUCACGUGCCGUCGCAAGCUCGCGGAAGCUCUCUCGUGCGCGCGCAAUUCCAAGACUGUCUCUUCUUUCUUUUUCUAGAUUUACAGUUUGAUUAUCGUUUUUGCUCCUUUUUUAUCUCUUCUCUCUCGAACCUUUUUCUUUUCUCGAGAAGUACAUGAGGUGUACGUAUUAAGAAAGGAGAAGACCCAGAGAAGAGUGCUGCAAGCUUUCAAUGUUUCUUCUCCCGGAGGUCCACGAUCGCCACAAGGAUGCCUAACGAGAAGGUAUGUGCCUGUGGCGUGACCACGGACCUGUCCAAGUCACGAAACAGCUCGAUUGUCAUGGGAAAGCUGACCAUCCUCCUGCCUAAGACGAAGGGCAACAAGUCGGAGGGCAAGGACUCGCGGAAGCAACCCGAUGACGCGCGGGUAUCGAAGACUCGAACAUCGAGCGAGACCGGAAGCAGCAGCGCGGUGACGGAAUCCACAAGAUCUACAAUAAAGAACAGCAAGCACGAGAAGCGGCUCAAUCACUCGCGGAGGACUCGAAGCGCCGACAGAGCCGAAUCGCAUUACACUUACAUCGAUUCGGGUUCGAGUAUCCUCGGCGAUGGGAUUCGUGAGAACCAUAUAGAGGAAGCGCUGUAUGCCACCAUACCCGACACGCCGAGUGUGAGUAUCAGCGAGAUCGGCACGAGUCGGUCGAAUUUGCAGAACCGAUCGCAACCUCUUUACUCCGCUAUUCCGUCUAUGACGUCGCCGCCGCCAACGUACGACGUCGCGGUUGCAAAAACAUGGCAGACCGGUCGACCACCGACGUAUGAGGAAUAUUACGCGAUGAUGUCACGCUCGCACACUCCUCCGCCACCAUGGUCCGACUCGACGACGACGUCUAACCCGACUUCGAGUAUUCAAGCGCGACGCGAACUCUUGGCCAGCCAGCCUGAGUUUCGCGAGUAUCUGACGCAGCUGGCGCUAAGUGAUCGUGGUUCGCAGUAUCAAUAUCAGUAUCAGCAACAACGACAACAAUCCAGAGAUGCUACCUCGAUCCCGAGGGAACAGCAGGUCAGAGUGCAACAGCGUGCGCGAGCAAUGCCUCCCAGAUCGCAGAGCGAGAGUCGUGCGCAACAGCAACGAAUUGCGGCGAUGUAUACGGAUGCUGCGUUUUGUAUGGAAACCACGGUACUGCAGACGGCUUUCGAUUCCGGCCAAGGAUUUGCCCUCUGCAGCUUGAUGUAAAAGAACGAGCAAGGACUUCGCUUCGACAGGAAGUUGCAGGAAGCCUGAUACCAUCAUCAAUCCACGAUCGAGUUCAUUCGCGAAUGUUUCCCUUGAUAGUCGAGCUGCGCUUGUCAAGAAAAGCGCUUGCAAAACUACUCGACUGUAGAUUGAUAACGUAUUAGCUUGCUCGCAAUUCAUGAAUGCAACGAGAUGCGGAAUUGUUGAAACGUCGCAACUCGGUGCUUUUACGAAUUUAAUAAAUAAAGCUUCACAAUUAGUAUCGAUUCCUGAUAGUAAAGUAUCGUUGCCUCAUAAGUACAUGUGAAUAUGUAAGUAUCGAAUGGUAUCGAUUCCUAAAUGGUAUCUACUUGAAAGUAUCAAUUCUCUAAUUAUUUCGUGGAUACAAUCGGUAUCGAUGUUAUCUCAAUUCUGCGCAUUUCUGCUAGAUAUGUUCUUCAUUUAUAACAAAUUGUUACUUUUGAAUGCCUGUUACUUUCAGAUUUAAUUUUUAUAGACAACUUUUUCCAGAAAAUAUAAAGU